GGUUUGUUUACUCGACAAUUGCGAUCUGCCUGCGCCGAGCUGACAAGGACGGAAUAGAGAAGAGGCAGAGAUAAAUAGCAGGGUGAAUAUGAGGAUUCUGUCGGUAUUGCUGAUUGUGGCGGCCGUGUGGAUUGCUGCGGUCGCGGCGUGGGAUGAAAAAGAUCAUGAAAUUUUCAGGGUGACGGAGGAUCUUGAGAAGGUUGAGGGCAAAGGAACGACGUUUUACUCGUUCAUGGGUCUCGAGAAGGGUCCGUCGUCGUCGCUGGAUGAAAUCACCAAAGCCUACCGAAAAAAAUCACGUCAGCUGCACCCCGACAAGAUGAAGAACCCGUCCGCGGAAGCGACAGACCGCUUCGCGCGCUUGGGAAUCAUCGCCAAUAUCCUGCGCGGAGCGGAUAAAGAGCGGUACGACUUCUUUCUCGAGAAGGGGUUUCCUCGGUGGAAAGGCACUGGCUAUUACUAUUCUCGCUUCCGACCUGGUUUGGGAAUGGUUUUCGUGUUUUUGUACCUAAUCACCGGUCUAGCCCACUACCUAAUCCUCAGCAUCAAUACCAAGAGCGAGCGCGCACGCAUCGCCCGCCACGUCUCAGAAUGCAAAUCCCAAGCGUGGCCGAGCGGCUUCCCGCCCGCGGACGCCUCCAAGCGCCGGCUGCAGGACAACGUGGGCCGCGUGUUUACAGUCUAUCCUGAUGGUACAGUGUGGAUUCUUGAUACGGCGACGGGAGACGAGUAUUUGCUGGAUCCGGAGGAGGUGCCGGAUGCGCAGUGGGGAAAUACUGUGCUCGCGAGAUUGCCAAAGUGGGUGUGGAAGCGCACGGUCGGGCGGGUUCUCCCUGCAAAGGCUGAUGCUGUUGAAGAAGAGGUUGCUUCGUCUGCUGCUGAGCCGGGAGCGUCGAAGAAAUCGAGAGCGAAGAAGGGAAAGGCGGCGAGAGUUAGUUCGCCGGCCGAGGGUGAGGAAGCGGAGGGCCCUGCGCCGAAGAAGAUCGGAGAUGCACCAAAGAAGCAGUUGAAGACCAAGACGCUGGCUGACGGAAGCGUUGUUGCGGAGGCUUCUAACGUCGCGGGCGGAAGGAGACGUCGGAAGAAAUAGAGACGAAGAUGAGAUGUAGAAGAAGUAGACAAAAGUUAUGUGCUUAGGCCAAUACAUGAAUAACGUCGCCACGCUUGCGUGUUUGCAUAUUGCUCUAUCAUUCUGAAUACUGUAGUUCUAUCUACUAUUGAGAUAUACAACAACUGAAUACACAAUUACAAUAUCAACAACAGUUGCAACAGCGAACAGACUUCCCAGAAUAGCAACUGAUAAGCGAGCCGCACGCCAAUGACUCAAACUGCUCGUCAACCGUCGAGGCC